AAAUUCCCGAAAAAACUCCUGAACUGAAGCCAAACAGAGCGUUGGCCGUCGUCACUCGUCAGCCGUCAGUGACGGACGGUGGGCGGGCGAGCGAAUAACACCCAACCAACAAACCGAAUUAAUUUUUCAGUUUCCAAUUCAGUCGCUUCGCUUCGAUGCCUUUCAAUUUCAAACUCAGAAAAUUUCCAGUCAUAGACGGCCCCAAAGAAUUUUCUUUUUCACUUUGCUUUGUCUCAAAGCCAUCUCUCUCCUUCUCCUUCUCCUCCCUCCUAUAGAAGUCAAUUUUUGAAUUAUGCAGUAUUGUUGCAUAUUUCAGGCUUUUCAGAACUUGUUUCUGGUGUAUAAAUCCUGCGUAGGGAGCCAAAUGGGUGUAAGGCAAUUUGUGUAGAAAGAAAUUCUUGCUGGUGCGGUAGUUUGUUUAGUGUCAAUGGAAGUAUCCGUGGAUGAAAAACUGUUCCCUGCAUGGUCAUGGUCUGUUGAGCAGUGUUUGAAAGAGUACCAAGUAAAACUAGACAAGGGCCUGAGCACCUAUGAGGUUGAAAAGUGGCGAGAGAGAUAUGGUUGGAAUGAGCUUCAGAAAGACAAGGGGAAGCCUCUAUGGAGGCUCGUUUUGGAACAGUUUGAUGAUAUGCUAGUUAAGAUACUUCUUCUUGCCGCUGUCACAUCUUUCAUUCUAGCUUACUUGCAUGGAGAUGAAACAGGGGAAUCUGGGUUUGAAGCAUAUGUGGAACCGUUUGUAAUUAUCUUAAUUUUGAUACUUAAUGCCAUCGUUGGAGUUUGGCAAGAGACUAAUGCUGAAAAGGCACUUGAAGUGCUCAAAGAGAUGCAAUGUGAAUCAGCUAAAGUUUUAAGGGAUGGGUAUCUUAUACUGGAUCUGCCAGCAAGAGAACUUGUCCCUGGAGACAUAGUGGAAUUACGUGUUGGUGACAAAGUCCCUGCUGACAUGAGAAUUGCGGUUCUGAAAACUUCAACCUUGAGAGUUGAGCAGAGCUCAUUGACUGGAGAGGCUAUGCCUGUUUUGAAAGGCACUAAUCCUAUCUUCAUGGAAGACUGUGACUUGCAGGCCAAAGAAAACAUGGUUUUUGCUGGCACAACGGUUGUAAACGGCUGCUGCAUAUGUAUUGUCAUAAGCACUGGGAUGCACACUGAAAUUGGGAACAUACAGAAGCAAAUACAUGAGGCCUCUCUGGAAGAAACUGACACCCCUUUGAAGAAGAAGCUUGACGAAUUUGGAAGCAGGCUUACAACUGCCAUUGGUGUUGUGUGCCUCAUUGUGUGGGUCAUUAACUAUAAAUAUUUCCUUACCUGGGAUCUUGAGAAUGGAUGGCCUACAAAUUUCAAGUUUUCAUUUGAGAGGUGCACAUAUUAUUUCAAGAUAGCUGUUGCCCUAGCAGUUGCUGCAAUCCCGGAAGGCCUACCAGCUGUAAUCACAACUUGUUUAGCUCUCGGUACACGAAAGAUGGCACAGAAGAAUGCAAUUGUGAGGAAGCUUCCAAGUGUGGAGACCUUAGGGUGUACAACUGUGAUUUGCUCUGAUAAAACUGGGACUUUGACAACCAAUCAGAUGUCUGUGAUGGAAUUUUUCACUUUAGGUGGAAAAACAACAGCCUCUAGAAUUUUUCAUGUUGAAGGCACAACUUAUGAUCCUAAAGAUGGGGGAAUUGUUGAUUGGAAUUGCUACAAUAUGGAUGCUAACCUGCAAGCACUGGCAGAAAUAUGUGCAGUUUGCAAUGAUGCUGGAAUAUUCUCCAAUGGUUUUACCUUCCGAGCAGCAGGUUUACCUACCGAGGCAGCUCUUAAAGUUUUAGUUGAGAAGAUGGGGGUUGCAGAUAGCAAGGUUAGGAACAAGAUCCGUGAAACACAGCUUGCUGCUAACUAUUUGAUUGACUGCAACAGUGUGAAAUUAGGCUGUUCUGAAUGGUGGACAAAAAGAUCAAAGAGGCUGGCAACAUUGGAGUUUGAUCGCAUUCGAAAGUCGAUGAGUGUUAUUGUCCGGGAGCAAACUGGACGGAAUAGAUUACUUGUGAAGGGUGCUGUUGAGAACCUAUUGGAGCGCAGUUCACAUGUUCAACUUGCAGAUGGAUCACUUGUUCCAAUUGAUGAACCUUGUAGGCAACUUCUGUUGUUGAGACAUUUGGAGAUGAGCUCAAAGGGAUUGCGUUGCUUGGGUAUGGGAUAUAAGGAUGAUUUGGGAGAGUUUUCAGACUACUAUGGUGAUAAUCAUCCUGCCCACAAGAAGUUACUGGAUCCAGCUUACUACUCCUCCAUUGAAAGUAACUUAGCUUUUGUUGGGGUUGUUGGUAUAAGGGAUCCUCCUCGUGAUGAAGUUCACAAGGCCAUCAAUGAUUGUAGAGGAGCUGGAAUUAAAGUCAUGGUGAUAACCGGUGACAAUAAGUCCACUGCAGAGGCUAUUUGUCGGGAAAUUUGUUUGUUUUCUAAAGGUGAGGAUCUCAGGGGGAGAAGUUUAACUGGGAAAGAAUUCAUGGCCCUUCCUUCUGCUGAGCAGAUUGAAAUUUUGUUGAAACCUGGGGGAAAGGUGUUCUCACGAGCAGAGCCUAGGCACAAGCAAGAAAUUGUAAGAAUGCUAAAGGAGAUGGGGGAAGUUGUUGCAAUGACUGGAGAUGGUGUAAAUGAUGCACCUGCACUGAAACUGGCUGAUAUUGGAAUUGCCAUGGGGAUUACUGGUACAGAGGUUGCAAAAGAAGCUUCAGACAUGGUUCUGGCUGACGAUAAUUUCAGCACCAUUGUCUCCGCUGUUGCAGAGGGUCGUUCUAUUUAUAAUAACAUGAAAGCUUUUAUCAGGUACAUGAUAUCUUCGAAUGUUGGGGAGGUUAUAUCCAUAUUCUUGACUGCUGCUCUGGGAAUACCAGAAUGUAUGAUUCCAGUGCAGCUUCUUUGGGUCAAUUUGGUUACUGAUGGCCCACCUGCCACCGCACUUGGAUUCAAUCCUGCUGAUACUGAUAUAAUGAGGAAGCCACCCCGCAAAAGUGAUGACACUCUCAUUAAUGCCUGGGUUCUCUUCCGGUAUAUGGUAAUAGGUUCUUAUGUGGGCAUUGCAACUGUUGGCGUCUUUAUCUUGUGGUACACUCAGGCCUCUGUUCUGGGUAUCAAUCUUGUAAGCGACGGGCACACGCUUAUUGAACUAUCUCAGCUUCAGAACUGGGGAGAAUGCUCCUCAUGGUCAAAUUUCUCUGCGACCCCAUACACAGUAGCUGGAGGCAGUGUGGUUACUUUUUCGAACCCUUGUGAUUACUUUUCCGUAGGUAAAGUGAAGGCAAUGACUUUGUCACUUUCCGUGUUGGUGGCCAUUGAGAUGUUCAAUUCUCUCAAUGCCCUCUCUGAAGACGUUAGUUUGAUCAAAAUGCCACCUUGGAGGAACCCUUGGCUUCUUGUCGCCAUGUCAAUGUCCUUUGGGCUCGAUUGCUUAAUACUCUAUGUACCUUUCUUGGCAGAAGUCUUUGGUGUUGUUCCACUAAGUCUGACUGAAUGGCUUUUAGUUAUGUUGGUUUCGGCACCCGUGGUUCUAAUCGAUGAAUUCCUCAAAUUUGCUGGGAGGAGGAGGAGAUCCAGAACCAAGGUAAAGACAGCAUAACAGUCCAGCAACGUCGGAGACUUGGCAGGAACGCAUGCAGUUUCAUCUGGGAGACGGAUUACAGGAAUGAAGGAUGUUGUGGGGACUUGCUGUAUUAUUCUCUCAUACAACUUUUAGUUUUAGUUUUACUUUUUUUUUUAAAUUUAUUUAUUCGGAAUAACAAUACCAUAUAUAUAGAUAGAUAGAUUGCGUUUUGAUGGAAUGACGAUUUGUUCUCUAUGAAGAUUA